AUGGCCACAUCGGACACACGUCGUGAACAUGUGGAUCGUUUCAUUGCCAGGUUGGACGAUCGCGAUCUGGCCAAGCAGCUGACCCUACUACGAUUGGCCGAUGUCAAUGAGUUGUAUGAGACGUUACGUGCAUGCCAAAGGAUGGAGAGUCGUCAGUUGAAGACGUCGACAGGAUCGAACAAGUUCCACCAGCGAGCGAAUGCCUCCCCAAAUCCUACGUCAUCCAAGUCUGCUCGAGAGGUGAGGGCAAUCCGUGAGCGGAUCGAAAGUAGCGGAUCGGAAUUGGACUCGAUUGGAUCGGAUGAAGACAAGGGUCGCCGCCGAGUUUGUGUGACCACUACAUCUGGUCAAGAGAGAUCGGAUCAAGAUCAUCGUACCUGGCAGAAGAAUACUGGUGAAGAAGAUGGACGUGGUCGAGGUGGAAAACCGAAGGCAUGCACCCACUGCGGAUCGACGCGACACGAUGAUCGUGGAUGCUGGCAGAGAAUAACGUGCCAGAAGUGCUGUCGCAAAGGGCAUCCAUUGGACAAGUGCCUCUACGUGUGUGCAGCGUGUGGAGAGGUACAUGAGAAUGGCAAAUGCCCCAUGGAAGAGUUUUUUAACUUGAUCCGCUAG